CGAGCAGCUCGCGGUGUAGCACUGCAGUCGGCUUCGGGCCGUACUGUCGCCCUCUCCCCUCGAGGCUUUGCGACUUCAUCCUCGUCUCGUGCAGAAGAGAAGGACCCUCAAUUGGGUGACUAUCCCGACGUACCAGCAAAGUCCUAUCAGAGCAGGAGAUACGACAAGAGCUGGUGGGACCCACAGGAGAAAAGAAACUUUGGAGAGAUCCCCGGAGAACAAGAUGACGUCCUGUCUGUCUGGGCUCCCGAUAUCCAUGCAGGUGUCAAGCCCUCGUUUGCUCUGAGACAAUUGGGCAUUGCGACACUAGGCUUCUGCUCCUUCUUCAGCGUGGUAUAUUACUUUGCGGCCGACAGCCCGGCCGAGCGAAGGACAUAUCCCCGCGACGGACUAGCGGAGGAAUUGGGCAACUCGCAAGUCGCUGCAUACAAGGAGGGAGACUUUGAUGCCAAGGAAGAGGACGAAGACGAGGAUGAC